AUGCUGCAGCAUGCGGCAGGGAUGGGCCCACUUGGUGCAGGAGCAGCAGGAAAGUGGUGCCCUGGGGCUGAGUGCACGUCCGGGCAGCGGGGCCCUGCGUGUGCGGCUCCCCCUUGCAGCUCCACACCCAACCCGGGCAGACACUGCUGCAACCACAGAGACCACUGCUCGAAUGCCCAGCCCAACCAGCUGGACCCCGGCAUCUUCCAGGGCAGCUCCUGUGACCACCCAGAGAGGGGAUAGGGACUCAGCUCCAGCUUUGGGGGCCCUGGGCCCAGCUGGGCUUGCUGCCCGGGAGCCCAGAGCCUGCUGUGCCUGCGGGCGGCGGGGGACACGCUGCGGGACCAGAUGCAGGGCAUGAUGCGGACUCUGCAUGAGCUGAAGCGGGUGCCAGGCCCAGCUCCACGGCUGGGCCCCCCCAAGCCGGCGCCAGCUCCCCCCGGGCCCUGCUGGGAGCAGCCUGCGGAGAACCGGGCAUCGGCCAUCUCAGAGGCAGACUCUGCCUGCUGCCUGGAGCUGGCGGAGGAGGAGGAGUGCGCGCCGCCCGCUAGCGAGAGGAGCCUGGAGUUCGACUCGGGCUACUCGGAGGUGUCGGGGGGCACGUGGCGGGAGGAGGAGGGGCCAGUGCUGCGCAGGAACCCCCCGCCCUCCUGCCAGCGGGCACACAGGCUCUCCACGGGGGGCUUCCUCCGCAGCAGCCCUAGCCAGGCCCCUGGCUGGCGGGUCCGGCCCAAGUCCACCUCAGAUGCCUGCCUGGAGCAGUGGCGGGUGCUGGAGCCGGCGGACACGCAGGACUGGACUGUGGCACUGCUCUCACAGAGCCGCAACCGGCAGCCGCUCGUGCUGGGUGAUAACUGCUUUGCCGACCUGGUGGAGAACUGGAUGGACCUGCCUGAGGAGAAUGUCUUGCCCCGCCGGCUGGCCAAGCCCCACAGCUUCUUACUCAGCCUCUCGGGCAACGUGCGGCGCAAGCUGGCCAGCCUGGCGCGCCCCAGGGGCCCCACCGCCCCCCAGCCUGGCCCCAAGCACCUCUCCGGCCCGGGGGGCCUCGGUGGGCGGGCGCAGGGACCCCUCUUCCACCAGUCACACGGGGACAUUGCCAAGCUCACCACGGACUACACCCGCUUCGCUGCUCUCCUGAACAGCCGCAGCCGGCAGCCAAUCAUCUGCAACGACAUUAUUGGCUACAUUUAG